UGUAAAGGAUCCUCCUCUGCCUGCACUAAUCCAGCUCCGUUACACCAGGGAUAGAAGAGGCUGCUCCCUCCGGCGCUGCCACAGUGCAGAUGCUGCCCCUCUGACCGCCCGCUGCACCACGGCCCAGGAGCCUUUCCAAACCGGGAGCACCGCAGGGCAGCUGCCUCCUGCCUGGAGAGCCCCCAUGGAGCAGGGCGGUGGGGUGGAUGGUGCCGACACCGGGGGGGGGGCUGGUGGCACGGCCCCCCCUGAAGCAGAGGGCAGCACAGCCCCCACCGCCCCCCAGGCUGCCCAGCCCCAAGGGGGGACAGUGCUGGCUGCCACUGCGGCGCAGGACGGAGGGAUGGAUGACCCUGGACAGGAGAAGGCAGCAGGAGAGGCUGGAGGAGGGAAACCAGAACCUGAGCAGGGGACAGCCCUGUCUGCUCCAGAGCCUCGGGAUGGACGGGAAGCAGUGCCAGGAGAGGAGGCUUCGACUGUGCAGCACAAUGGAGAACAGGCAGCAUCCGUGGGGGAGAAGGUCCUGGCUGCCACUGAGGCCCAGGGAGUAGGGAAGGAGGAGAAGGAUGAGCCUGGGAAGACAAAAACUCCAAAUGUAGAAGAACCUAAAGGAGGGAAGGCAGCACCCAUAGAGGGGAACACUCCAGCUGCUGCCAAGGCUCAGGACAGGGGGAAGGGUGAGAAGGAUGAGCCUGGGAAGAAGAAAGCUCCAGCUGCAGGGGAGCUCAAAGGAGAAAAAGCUCCAGCUGCUGCCAAGGAGAAGGAUGGAGAGAAGGAUGAGCCCAAGGAGGAGAAGGCUCCAGCUCUGGGAGAGCCUGAAGGAGGGCAGGCAGCACCCAUGGAGGCAAAGGGCCCAGCUGUAACUGAUGCUCAGGAUGGAGAAAAGGACAAGCUCAGGAAAGAGCAAGCCCCUGGAGGCUUAGGGCCUGAGGCUGGUGGGAAAGCAGAGCCCACAGAGAAGAAGGUUCCAGCUGCAGCAAACUCUGAAGGAGGGAAGGCAAAAUCCACAGAGGAGACAGCCUUGGCUGCAGCUCAGACUCAGGAUGGAGGCAAAGGAGAGCUUGCAAAUGAGGAAACCACAGUGGUUGCAAAGGAGAAGGUCCCAGCCACUGCUAAAUCUUCGGAUGGAGGGAAGCAAGCUGCAAAGGCAGAGCAAGCCCCAGCUGAUAACAAGGCUCCAAAGGAGAAAAUUACAGCAUCUGUGAAAGAGAAGUCUCCAGCUUCUGCAAAGGCUCAGUGUGGGGAGAAUAAAGUGAUAAAAGCAGAAAAAGCCCCAGCAGUAAAAAAGACUCCAGAUGGAGGCAAAGAAGAGCCUGUGAAGGACAAGGCUACGGCUCCCACAAAGGACAAGGCUCCAGCUCCUGAGAAGGAGAAAGCUCCAGCUCCUGAGGAGAAAGCCCCAGCUCCAGUGAAGGAGGAACCCCCAGAUGCUGCCAUGGCUCAGGAUGGAGAGAAGGCAGCAGCAAAGACAGAAAAAAAUUCAGCUGCAAAAAUGGCUCAAGGUGGAGGUAAAAAAGAGCCCGCAAAGGAGAAAGCCCCGGCAGCAGCGAAGGUGCAGGACGGAGGGAAGAAAACUGCAAAGAUAGAAAAAAACACAACUGCAUCAAAGGCUGAGGAUGAAGGGAAAGAUCCUGCAAAGGAGAAGGUCCCAGUGGCUGCAAAGGCUCAGGAUGGAGGGAAGAAAGCUGCUGAGGUGGAGGCCCCUGCAGCUGCAGCAGAGGCUGGAGAUGGGGCUGAGGAGCCCACAGAGUCAGCAGCCAUGGUUACUGUGAAGGCUCAGGGUGAAGGGCAUGAAGAACCAAAGGUCCCUGAGCCCCCACGCCCGGCUCUGCUGCAGAGCCUGAGCUGCCCGGCCGCUUGCCACAGGGAGGAGCAGCCCUGGGCAGAGGUGGCGGAGAUGGAGACGAUUCCAGAGGAAACCACGGCGGUGGAGCCAAAAGAGGGUCUGACAGAGCCUGGCCCUGCCCCGCCAGCCAUGGGGGACCUGCAGCCCCAUGGCACCCCCCAGGAGAGGACAUUGCCCAGUGCCACAGGGCAGCCGCCGGGUCCCGCUGGGGUUGUGGAGCAACCUGGACCUGAAGGGCAACCACCCUCGACAGAGGCAAAGCCACCCCCCAGCCCCUACCUCACCCCUGAUUUUGGGAAGGAAGACCCUUUUGAAAUACUGGACGAUGUCCCUCCGCCACCAGCGCCCUUCGAGCAUCGCACUGUCACCCUGCACUCUGGCAGCGUCAGCUCCCAGUUCAGCCUCAACUCCAAGGACAUCCUGGGCGGGGGCAAGUUCGGUGAAGUCCACACGUGCACGGAGAAGGAGACGGGGCUCAAGUUGGCAGCCAAAGUGAUCCGGAAGCAGGGACCCAAGGACAAGGAGAUGGUGCUGCUGGAGAUCGAUGUGAUGAACCAGCUGAACCACCACAACCUCAUCCAGCUCUACGACGCCAUCGAGACACCCCGGGAGAUCAUCCUCUUCAUGGAAUUCGUGGAGGGUGGUGAGCUCUUUGAGCGGAUCAUCGACGACGACUACCACCUGACAGAGGUGGACUGCAUGGUGUUCGUCCGGCAGAUCUGCGAGGGCAUCCGCUUCAUGCACCACAUGCAUGUCCUCCACCUCGACCUCAAGCCUGAGAACAUCCUCUGUGUCUCUGCCACCGGACACAUGGUGAAGAUCAUCGACUUUGGGCUGGCUCGAAGGUACAACCCCAAUGAGAAACUGAAGGUGAACUUUGGCACUCCUGAAUUCCUCUCCCCUGAGGUGGUCAACUACGAGCAGGUCUCCUACACCACAGACAUGUGGAGCAUGGGGGUCAUCACCUACAUGCUGCUCAGUGGCCUCUCCCCCUUCUUGGGUGAUGACGACACCGAAACUCUCAACAACGUCCUGGCUGCCAACUGGUACUUCGACGAGGAGACUUUUGAGAGCGUCUCCAAUGAGGCCAAGGAUUUCGUCUCAAACCUCAUCAUCAAGGAUAAAAGUGCCCGGAUGAGCGCUGACCAGUGCCUGCAGCAUCCCUGGCUCAAAAAUCUGGCAGAAAAGGCCAAACGCUGCAACCGGCGCCUCAAAUCCCAGGUGCUGCUCAAGAAAUACGUCAUGCGACGGCGCUGGAAGAAAAACUUCAUCGGGGUGUGUGCUGCCAACCGCUUCAGGAAGAUCACCAGCUCAGGGUCCCUGACGGCGCUGGGUGUCUGAGCUGGGGCUCCCAGGGGGGUCGAGGCCAGAGAGGAAGCGUUUGAGAGAGUCCCACAUCAGUCUUGCUUUUGGACAGCAGCAGGACCUCUCUGGGGUCCCAGCUGCCCACUGAGGGGCCAGGAGCUGGAGCUGCACUGCGCCCUCCCUGCCCGUGCUGUGCCAGAUGCUGCUCUGAUGCCCACAUCACACCUCUGCUCUGUGCCACUGCCACCACGAGGCUGCUCUGCUGCAUCCCUGGAGCUGCCCCUGUCUGGCAUCCAGCAGCUGUGGGACUGCUUGGGGGCCAGGACCCCGCUGGGAUCCUCACCUGCAGCAGCUCUGCCGAGCUUGUACCACUCUGGGCAGCAUUUCUGAGCUCAGGACCCUCUGCUGAGGGCUCAGGCUCAGGACCUCUGGGGCUCCUGGGGCUCCAGCCUACGCCGUUCCCAUCGAGCCAAUGACCCCACUGAUAUGUCCUUGGACUGUGAGGCUGCUCUGGAGAGGAGGUUUCUGAUCUCACCCCUGGCCUGGCUGUGUGAUGCCCGACCCGCAGCGUCUCUGCUCUGCUCACGCUUCCUUCCCGUGCCCUUGGAGGAGGAAGGUCAUUCCGGUGUGAUCCUUCUGCCUCGGCCACCUGGUGCUUGCUGCUCUUGGACCCAAAACGUGCCCUCUCUGCCUGUAAAUGCUGCAGCCCUGCCCUGCCUUCACUGCCGCUGGCCCCCGUGCUGCCCGACCUCCCUUCCCAGCUCUGUGGCUCGGCAAUGACGCUGGAGGGAACCGUGGACCCUCACCCUGGUGCCUUGGCACCGGAGCCAAGGCUGAAGCACCUCCUCCCUGGCCGGCUGGGCAUGUGGGAGCGGAGCUGGCCCUGAGCUGCUGCUUGCACAGGAAGGGAGGAAGCAGCAAGCACACUUCCAGAGGCGUCCCCAGCUGGGAGCUAGCGAGAGAAGAAGGAGGCUUUGUGUUCCUCCUGCCCUCCCUGCCCUUCGACUCUGCCAGCGGGGGAAAAACACAACCUCUGCUUCACCCGUCCCCGCCAGAUCGCGAUGAGCGAGGCGGGCUAAUGCAGAGCAGCUGGCCCGCGCUCCCCGCUCCGGCCAGCGCCGCUCACCCGACCACCAACACACCGGAACCGCUCCGCCGCUCCGGCUGCGGCCGCCAGCUCCCCCCGCCGCGGGCGGGGGCUCCCCGGGACCUGCUGGGGUGGGGGAGAGGGGUGCCGCUCCUGCUCCCCCGCCUCACCCUGACCCCCGUCCCCUCUGCCUGCACCCCUCAGGGCUCCCCCGGUGCUCCCAGAGGAUGGGCAUCCCUUGGGAUUUGCAGCGUCCAGCCUUGGCCCAUGGUGGGAGUGGAUGGGGGACUGGCAAGAGGUGCCUCAGUUUCGGUUUUCACCACGGCUGAGCCCACCCAAGCAAGGGCUGUGUGUUUGCUCUGGGGCCACCUGUGUCCUCUGUGUCUGCUGGAAAAACCCUGGGGAAAGACACAGGGAGAGAAUGGCCCCCCAGCCCCACUGGCUGCAGCAGGGGAAGGGGCUUCAGGCUUGUCCCCACCGGGCAGGGGCCACAGCUGGUGGGACCCUGCCCCACAAUGGAGCCCUGCUCGGCGCUUGCCUUCUUGUAAAUAAAUGUACAGGUCUGCCCACA